CUCCUACAAUCGACAACUCACCUCACCUCACCUCACUUUACACCUCACCUUACACCUUACAGCUUACAGCUUAUUACAGACUUUGCUUGUCACCUGCGAGUUGAAGGGAACUGAGAACUGGGAACUGGGUAGUGUGUCCCAUCCACCCAUUCGUCGUCCACCUAGUCGAAUCCUACCGGCCGUGUUAGCCUACCAACCUAACAAUCCGCCAGAUCUACCCACCGGCCACUCUCGCUCUCUCGCUCGUCUCUCACUCCCUCCCCACGAAAUCCUCUAAACUUAGCACCCACUCUUGCCUCCACCUUCGAUUGGCCCACCAGGGCCACUGCCGUCCAGCCAAACCCUCCCUAACCACCAACACCAACUACCAGUACUCGUACGGACUUACACCAUCUCCACGAGUCCUCCCUCCAACGACUGGACCCCGACAUCAACGACCUGAGUCUCGCAGCUACUCCAUGGCUCAUGGCUCUUCGACCCUAUAGACAUCACCAUAUCGAUAGCUCCUCUUAGCCAUUCCAUUCGACUAGCCUCUAUCCCCUCUGACUUCGAGUCACUGCUGCCACACCCUCUCUUGCGCCUCCACCGUUGACCGCGACGGAGCAUGCUUGUUUGGACAGUUGUGCGCACGACGCGAACCAUCGAACCACAUCCUCCGAACAUGAUUUGAGCAAAAGGAAAGAGAAGGCAACCUCUACCCUCGCCGCUUCCACUGAGGCAGGAAAAGGUACAUUUCGAGUCUGUUUAUACCUUGCUGCCCAUUGCCUACGGCUCUCCGUCCAGCCCACCAACAACAUCUUGCCCAAAGCAUCUGUUAUCAGCUUCCGAACCUGUUACUUCUCUGUCUCAGGUCGAGAUUGAUCAUUCUCCGCCUCCUGCAACAACUCCCUGUGCUCUUCUUUGAGAUUCAGUGCAUACCACCUCUUCGAAGCUUCCACUGACAUGGCUGUAGUCAGUCACUGAACUCUUCCGCUGUCCACGCCUCCCGGCCGUUUUGCAUCUCACCGUUCGCCCUUUCUCCUCCGCGACAAUCCAUCGCCGAGCUUAGAGCCUCACGUUCACCUCGCCAUGGCCAUCUUCGGGAACAGCUCUUCAACCAACUCUGGCAAUCGCCAACAAACGCACCGACAGCAAAGCCCCCCAUCCGUGCCACCUCAGGCAUCCCACCGAAACAAUAUUGGUUCCGAUAUUGCUCCAUGGGAGAGCCGACCCCCAGUUGAGGAUGAUAUAGCUCCUUGGGAACGAGACCCUCAGUCGCAAAUUGGCGGCAUUCGUCCCUUCAAUCAGUCUUACUUCAACGAAUCCGUCAUCCGCGACGUCACCGCCAAUCCUCGACCCGAUACCGCGAGGACAAACUUCUCCGACUCCCCUGACUAUGACGCUGACGCUCGUCGCCCUUCAAUAGCCAGUGCCACCACCGUCAGUAGCACAGGCUCAAGAGGUUCUGCCGCUAAUGGUCGCUUCCAUAAAAGUCUCAAAGGCUUCUUCGGAGACGAUCCCACCGAUUCAAGAAAGGGAUCCACCGCAAAUCUGAACGAACAAAAUCAAAGCUCUGCAACCCCAGAUAAGCCCACUCCGCGAAGUGGCUCUGUGCAGACACAGAACAAUGCCGACGAAGUCUCCAAAACACCUGCUCCCCCGCCAUCUAGCGAUGUCACUCCUUGGGCUUAUCAAAAUUUCGAAGACGUCUCGAACUUUGGCUCUGCCCCCAUCAGACAGCCUCCUCAAGGAACCUCACAAUCUCCUAACCCGCCUUCUUCUCAAGCCUCCACUCCUGCUCGCCGCCAUGGACUGCUACACCGCCACACAAGAAGCAAGGAAGACCCGCCAAAAGGUCAAAACUCCUCAGGUGCCGUCCCCAAGCGGCCAUCCACCAGCCGAGAGUCUUCCACGAGCAAUCUCGCCCAGUUUCGCGGCACACCUCAGAACAGCACUCCAAUGAGCUCCACGUCAGCCCUUCCCCGGAAUUCGAGUCCUGGGCCUUCCAUACGCAAGGAGCCACCCGCCCAGGCUGAGAAGAGGUCCAUCUUCUCCAAACUCAAAUCACGGCACAAAGACAAACAACCACCCCAGCCAGAACCAAUCAGAACCAAUGUCGAGCCCAUCAAGUCCCCAGAUGACCCAAAGGGACGUAAAAACACCUCCCUACGUGCCCACACAUUCGACACUCCCUCCUCCCACAGAGAUCGAGAGACGAGCGUGGCUUCGGUCGACAGUGCAUCCACAAUCAAAGCCACCGACCCCUCGCCCAAGAUUGAGCGCGCAUACACCGCCGGCCCCAAAUCGAGCAGGUUUGGUCGCCAUAAUAAACACCGCGGUCCGGCCUCCCAGCCAGAGCCCAUCGAAAGACCUCGUGCCGGUUCACAUCACCAAGCCACCAUGCAGGCCGGUGUCUUCAAUCUCGAUACCAACUUUGAUGAUAUGUCUGAUAUCCUGGCCAAACCGCCUGACCCCCAAGGGCCCUCGGAUGGCGGCAUUUUCGCCGGUGGCAAGAUCACUCAAACACCCGCCUCGGAAAUCGGUGCUCCCGCCUGGGAUGCUCCCGACAGCUGGGCCGUCAAAGGCACAGAGGACGAGAUACUAGAGUCGCUCCCAGAAGCCAAUGAAGACGGCCUCCCCGCGAUACAAGAGGAGGACGGCCUGUCAUACUUUAUGCGUGUUUUUCGGAGCGACGGCACCUUUGCCACUCUUUCCAUGUCCAUCAAUGCCACCGUGGGAGAGGUCUUACAGUCGCUCGCCAAGAAAUCCGUCAUGCAUGACUCCAUCGACAGCUAUCAUUUGUUGAUGCGUAAGCAUCAGCUGUCGAGACAACUCGGUCUGUCAGAACGGCCCGUGGCCAUGCAAAAGAAGCUGUUGCAAUUGGCCGGCUAUACCGAGCGCGACCGCGUCGAGGAUGUGGGACGAGAGGAUCAAAGUUACCUCAUCCGCUUCACCUUCAGCCACGAAAAGCAGACCGGCUUUGGUUCUGGUCUGGACAAUGACACAUCCAUCGCCAAGAUGCAAAAAUUCAGCCACGUUGAUCUCUCGAGCAAGUCAUUAGCCACAAUCCCCAUUAUUCUAUAUACCAAGGCUGCCGAAAUCAUUUCCAUCAACCUCUCCCGAAAUCUCGCGCUCAAAGUCCCCAAGGACUUUGUCACGGCCUGUAUCAAUCUGCGCGAGAUCAAGUUCACCGGCAACGAAUCCUGGCGCCUGCCACCCAGUCUAGCUUGGGCCAGUCGUCUGACCGUUCUUGAUGUCUCCAACAAUCGCCUCGAACAGCUGGAGCACGCCGAGUUGCACCGUCUGAUGGGCUUGGUGAGCCUGAAGCUAGCAAACAACAAGAUCUCUCAACUCCCGCCCAAUUUCAGCCAUUUCAGGCAGUUGAGGAGUUUGAACUUGUCCUCCAACAAUUUCCAUACAUUUCCAGAGCACAUCUGUGGGCUCAAGUCUCUCGUUGACCUGGACAUCAGUUUCAACAGAUUGUCGUCAUUGCCCAAAAUCUCGCAGCUGACCACCUUGGAGAGACUGUGGGUCACCAACAAUGAUCUCAAAGGCCCCUUCAACGAAAGCUUUGCGAGUCUGACCAAUUUGAAGGAGAUUGAUGCUCGCUUCAACGGCAUUACCGACAUCGACAGCGUCACUAACCUGCCAAAUUUGGAACAACUACUCGUCGGCCACAACAACAUCACUACAUUCAAGGGCUCGUUCCAAAAACUCCGUGUACUCGUCCUCGACCAUUGUCCCAUCACGUCAUUUGAGCUCGAACAAGCCGUCCCAACCCUCACAAGCCUUAAUAUUGCUUCCGCCAAACUCGUCGAGUUCAAGGAGUCAUUAUUCGACUUUGUGCCAAAUUUGCAAAAGUUGAAUCUCGACAAGAAUCAUCUCUCAAACAUGUCAUCUCAGAUUGGCCGAUUGUCCAAGCUGGAAUUCCUGAGUAUGGCCAAGAACCCUUUGAAUUUAGUCCCGCCAUCGAUUGGGAACCUUGUCGAGCUUAAGUUUCUCAACCUGAGAGAAUGCAACGUCAAGAGCCUCCCGCCGGAGAUCUGGUAUUGUCGCAAGCUAGAGACCUUGAAUGUCUCGUCCAACGUCUUGGAGACGUUUCCGAAACAGAACGCGGCGCCACCACCAAGUGAGCAGAAAGACCUGACACCGUCCACCACCCCGGGACUGUCGAAUUCACCGAGCUUCGAGGAACUCGGCAAGCUCGAAGACUUUCAAGCUCGAAGACCGAGCCAAGCAUCCGCAGGCAUGAUGAGUAUUGGAAGCUCACCUGGCGGGCGCAAGGGUUCUAUCGCCUCUAUACCCGGUCAUCGCAAAGCCUCGGUCAUAUCGCGGACAAACACUGAGUAUUCCAUGUCCACGGCAACGCGGAAAGAUUCCAACCUCUCACAAGCGAGACUACAGAAUACGUUUGCCGGGUCGCUGCGUUACUUGUAUCUUGCGGACAAUCGCCUGGAAGAUGAUGUCUUUCGAGAGCUGGCUCUUCUCCCUGAGCUCCGCGUCCUCAACUUGUCAUACAACGAAUUGGACGACUUUCCCCAGGGAGUGUUACGACGGUGGCCCCAAUUGAGUGAGCUUUACUUGUCUGGAAACGAACUGACGUCGUUGCCGUCAGACGAUCUCGAGGAGAGCAGUAAUUUGAAGGUCCUUCAUCUCAAUGCCAAUCGAUUCCAGGUAUUGCCCGCCGAACUCUGCAAUGUCCACAAACUCUCGACUCUGGACGUGGGAAGCAACUCUUUAAAGUACAAUGUGUCAAAUUGGCCCUACGAUUGGAAUUGGAAUAGAAAUACGAAUCUAAAGUAUCUCAAUUUCUCGGCAAACAAGAGACUGGAAAUCAAGCCUGCCGCUCAUCAGAACCAGUCGCAGUAUAACUCGAUGGCAGGCGAGCAACCAACGGACCUUACCAGCUUCAACACGUUGAAGUAUCUCCGAGUGCUUGGUUUAAUGGAUGUAACUCUCUUGACAAACACGAUUCCCGAUGACAACGAAGACCGACGUGUGAGAACCUCAGCAUCACUUGUCGGGGCGUUGAUGUAUGGCAUGGCAGACACACUGGGGAAAAAUGACCAUCUGUCGUCUCUUGAUCUCCUCAAGCCAAAUUUCCGGGGCCACGAUGCAGAAGUGCUGAUUGGAUUGUUCGACGGUCAGUCCAUGUCGAGUGGCGGGUCAAGAGUGGCCAAAUACCUACACGAGAACUUCCCCAAUGUCUUCUACGACGAGCUGAAGAAGUCAGAGGCCAACAAGGACACACCAGUCGAUGCCUUGCGGCGCACAUUUCUGGCGAUGAAUAAAGACAUGGCCAAUUUCGCGAGCAGUAACUUUGACACCAAAGAGCAUCGGUUGGCAAAUGGCCAUCGCGUGUCUGCGGUAGCGAAUAUCUUGGGCCCCGACGAUCUCAACUCGGGAGGUGUAGCUACGGUCAUGUAUCUGAAUGGCCUGGAGCUCAAUAUUGCCAAUGUUGGUGACAUUGAGGCCAUCCUCAUCCAAUCCAAUGGUCAACACCGUGAACUGACGCGGAAGCACGAUCCGGCGGAGCACCGUGAGCGAGAAAGGAUUCGAGAGGCGGGCGGCUACGUCUCUAGGCAGGGCAAGCUGAACGACACUCUGGAAGUCAGUCGAGCUUUUGGAUACUAUAGCCAUAUGCCGUCGGUGAUUGCGGCGCCACAUACGCUCAGCCUCACAUUGACUGACUCGGAUGAACUGAUCGUCCUCGCCACCAAAGAGUUCUGGGAUUAUGUUACAGUGGAUCUCGCGGUUGAUGCAGCCCGCGCGGAGAAGAACGAUCUGAUGUUGGCUGCGCAGAAGCUGAGAGAUCUGGCUAUGGCAUUUGGAGCGAGAGACAAGAUCAUGGUCAUGGUACUCGGAAUCUCGGACCUUCGGAAGAGAGGGAGUCAUCGUUUCCGCGGCACGAGUCUGUCAAUGGCCAAGGAGCUGGGUUUGGACGAAGGAACCAUCUUUCCUAGCUCACGCAAAGCUCGACGCAAGGGCGAAACACUCGUGGGAGAUUCUCGACUUGCGCGACUCGAAGAACCAGAAGCACCAGUGGGCGAUGUUGCGAUUUGUUUCACUGACAUCAAGAACUCGACAGCAUUGUGGGAGAUUCUACCUGUACCGAUGAGGUCGGCCAUCAUGAUGCACAACGAACUGAUGAGGCGACAAUUACGCAUUAUCGGUGGGUAUGAAGUCAAAACCGAAGGUGAUGCAUUUAUGGUGUCGUUUCCUACGGUGACAUCAGCGCUAUUGUGGUGUUUCAGCUGCCAAAGCCAUCUGUUGGAGUUGCCUUGGCCCCAGGAGAUCUUGGAGACAGUGCACUGCCAGGAGAAGCUGGACGCGGAUCAAAACCGGAUAUACCGCGGGCUUUCAGUGCGAAUGGGGAUCCACUGGGGUCGGCCAGUGUGUGAGCAAGACCCGAUCACUCGACGAAUGGAUUACUUUGGGCCUAUGGUCAACAAAGCCGCUCGGGUGUCUGCAGUUGCGGACGGAGGCCAGAUAUCUGUGAGCAGCGACUACAUUGCAGAGAUUCAGAGGACACUGGAAAGCUACGCAGAUGAUGACCGUCGGGACUCGAUUGGAUCUCAAGACACGAUGAAUGAGGAUCCAUUGGCGAAUCAAAUCCGUCGAGAACUGCGACAGCUGAGCAGCCAGGGGUUCGAGGUCAAGGAUCUUGGAGAGAAGAAGCUCAAAGGGCUGGAAAACCCGGAAUAUCUGUACUUGAUGUAUCCCCAUUCUUUGGCAGGUCGAUUGUCGAUUCCCCCAGGAGCAGAGAACAAGGUGCAACUAGGAGGAGAAGCGGCGGGGGCCGGGGAUGAAAAGGCAAGCCCUGGAUCAUUGGGCAAAAACAGUCAACUGAAUCUGGAGCUCGACGGGGUUUGGAAGCUUUGGGAUAUUGCCUUGAGGCUGGAGAUGCUGUGCAGCUGUUUGGAGCAUCCUGAGCGCGCGGCCGGGUUGCACAAGCCCGAGCUCAGCCUUCUCACGCGAAUGAAGGAGCGUGGAGGAGUGCAAACGGACGCUUUCAUGAUGAACCUCCUAGAACAUCAGGUGACGCGAGUCGAGUCGUGCGUGACCACACUGCAAAUCCGAAACAUGAUGCAGCCAUUCCAGAAAGGGGUAUCUUUGUUGGACCAGGCUCGGCCAAUCGCGGGAAUGCUUGCUGAAUUAUCCGAAUUGCUGCAGCAAAAGCGCCAGGAGGCGAUUCCCCCGCGAGCUGGGGAAGCAGAGGAGGUCGACUAUGAAAUUGUGGACGAAGGACUCGAUGACAGUGACGAGGAGCCGGCUAGCGACAGCGACAGCACGUGAGAGGUGGGAUUCGGCGGCCGGUUGCAGGAGGAGGAAUUCAUGACUUUGAUGAUUGAUUGCAGACCACAGGAGGCGUCACAUGACAUUGGGCAGAAAAAGCGACAGCGACAGCGACUGGACAGGAUCACGGGUGAUGUUUUUUUUUUUUGAAACCAAGAUUUGAUCUACUGGACGUAUUUGGAGGAGCGUGGACAUAUUUUGAUGGGAAAUGAACGUCCGUGACGAUUGAUGGGAUUCAUCCCUCUGGCAUUGUGGUUUUGGAAUGGCGCGUUUUUGAAUGGUUGUGGUUCGGACGGCCGAGGCUCGAAAGCCUUUGGACAUUGAAGGUUGUCGGAAAGGAGAAAUGCACAUAUUCUUUGAAGAGGGGUGUGAAACCAACGGAUAUGUGAAGGAAAUGGAUAUUAUUGUUUAUCACUAUACUCCGGCCGCAGUGGAUGUAAGUCAUACAACCAGAUUGAGUUCUGCAUCCGUCCCAACGGUUAGCAGGUCCUUCAGGUGAUGGUCUAUAGUCAACGAUGAGGCACUGUGUGACUUGGAGAUAUGGAACGACUGGUGGUGGCUGAUGCUAUCGUAAGGACUCAUAUGUAGAGUAUCUGUGGAGUGGAUGUGGAUGUGGAUGUGGAUGUGGAUUUCCCCGAAUAUUAAACCGGUGCAUGUAGGAUGUACUUGGUGGGGAUUGGCAUGACGGCAUAUGUGACGAUAGCUCGCUCUGUUGAUAUGUGUACAGACCCAUAUAUUGUUG